AUGAAAACCUCCGCAAUUAUUCCACAACUAAAACUUCCCUGUCGAUUCAUAUCUGGGGUUCGAAAGACAAACAAGGAAUCGUACGCAAAAUGCGAUAUCGGCGAAUCACCGCUGGAAUUGAAGACGGGACAUCUCGCCAGAUUCGCCUCGGCCGCUGUCGUCGCUUCGACAGGAGACAACGCGAUCAUGGCGACGUGUGUGCAGGGAAAACGGCAAGGUGACGGCAACGGCACACCGCUGACCGUUGAAUAUCGCCCAAGCGCCGCCGCCGUCGGCCGAAUCCCAACAAAUUUCCUUAGAAGGGAGCUGAGCCAGUCGGAAAACGAGAUUUUGCUCUCUCGAGCCAUCGACAGAUCGCUGCGGCCGCUAAUUCCCGCAUAUUCCUAUGAGACUCAGAUUAUUUGCAAGCCGCUAGCUUUAGAUGAAGAUGGUGAUCAGCUGAUGCUUGGAAUCAACGCUGCUUCAACAGCUCUCCAUGUUUCAGAGGUACCGUUCGAUGGACCAAUGGCCGCAUUGAGAAUUGUGAUGGACCCACAGGGAAAUAUUCACGUGAAUCCGUCGUCGGAGAAGACGAAGAAUGCGAUUCUGAAUCUGAUCGUCUCAAUGAAGAGCUCCGAGAAGACCGUGAUGAUUGAGAUGGACGCCAACGAGGUCUCACUCGAAAAUAUCGAGCAAGCGAUGGAUGUGGCGUUCAGAGACGUCGAAAAAGUGCUCAACGCGAUGGAUUUGAUGAAGAGCAAUGUGCAAAACGACAAAAUUGAGAUCGUUCCCCCAAAUCACGAUAAGCUUAUGGAGAUCAUCGAAGGAUUGGCGCGAGAGCGGAUCUACUACGUCAUGACCGAUUCAACACAUGACAAAGUCUCAAGAGACAACGAAAUCAAGAAUAUUCUCGACGACAUUCUGAAAUCCAAUGUGUUGGCCGACUUUGAAUACCUCAACGUCGCCAACUGCUUCUAUUCGCUCGUCAAAAACGUGCUCCGCAAUUCGGUAUUGACGUCGGGGAUCCGAUGCGACGGACGAAGAAUCGACGAAUUCCGGCCGAUCUCGAUUCAAAUUGAUAUGUACAAAAAACUUCAUGGAUGCUCGCUGUUUCAACGAGGGCAAACGCAGGUCAUGUCGACGGUGACAUUCGACAGCCCAACCGCGGCAUUCCAUCCGGAUUCGGUUGCUCAACUGCUCGGCUCGCAACGCAAAAAAUCAUUCAUGCUUCAUUACGAGUUUCCGAGCUACGCGACAAAUGAGAUCGGCGCGUCGCGAUCGGCGAAUCGACGCGAAAUCGGGCACGGCGCGCUCGCCGAAAAGGCGCUCAAAGACCUUGUGCCCAAUGAUUUCCCCUAUGCGGUUCGGCUUGCGUGUCAGGUGCUCGAAUCGAAUGGAUCGUCCUCGAUGGCGUCGGUUUGUGGUGGAUCAUUGGCGUUGUUCGACGCGGGAGUGCCGAUGAAGAAUGCGGCCGCUGGUGUCGCUAUUGGACUUGUCACUGAUGAGAAUCGACCCGAAUCUAACUAUAAAGUGCUCACUGACAUUUUGGGAAUCGAGGAUUACGCCGGCGACAUGGAUUUCAAGAUUGCUGGCACGAAAACUGGCUUCACCGCGGCGCAAAUGGACGUGAAAAUCGGCGGAUUGACGAGAAAACAGCUUCGUGAGAGCUUGGAAGCCGGAAGGGCUGGAAUCGAUCAUGUUUUGAAGAAAAUGAAUGUGAUGAGAGAUCGGCCAAGAGAACAAUUCAAAUCGAGUGUGCCGAUCAUCGAAUCAAUGCGAAUCGAGCCCCAUAAACGGGCAAUUUUGUUCCGAAACAAUGGAUUUAAUUGUAAGCAGAUUGAAGCCGACACCAACGUCAAAAUAAUGGCUGAAGAUGAGCACACGAUCUCAAUGUUGGCGCCGACAAAAGAAAAACUACAAAAUGCGAAAGAUUUGAUGAAAACAUUGAUGGAGGAUAAUGAGAAGUUGGAUUACACGUUUGGCUCGAUAUUGUCGGCGGAAAUUGUCGAGAUUAUCGAACGCGGAAUCUAUGUGACUUUGCCGGGAAGCUUGAAACGCGUGUUCAUUCCGAACAACCAUCUGAGUUUGACGCCAAUUCGGCAUUCUGAAGUGCUCGGGCUCAAAGUUGGCGAGAAAAUCGCGGUGCACUGGUUCGGACGAGACGAGCAGACCGGAAAUAUUCGAUUGUCGAGAAAAACGUUGGCCGGAAGCUCGCCGAAAAUGGUGAACUCGAGAAAAUAA